AUGUCGGCCCCGGCUCCUGCUACUAGCGAGAAGGGGCGUGCUGAAGGUGCUGUGUCGGACUGGCUACGAGAGCGCGUGGGUCUGUGCAUGUACGUGGAGAAGCUGAAUUUCCACCGAGAGCAAGACCCAAGCUUCGUGAGCGACUCGUACCGAAAAAUCAAAUGGGUGCAAGAUAAGCAGCGCAGGCGUCUCGAGGCACUUCAACACCAGCAGGAUCAACAUGAUGAAAGUCAUAAAGAUGCGCAAGCCAGUGGUUCAAACAAACCUGACGAUUGGGCAUUGACUGCUGCAGACGAACAUGGCAGCAGUGAGCGAGAAGACUUCGCUGACAGCACGGUCGUAACCAGCAACGAUCCGCUUGAUAUUCUCGUCGGAGACGUACUCAGAGGGUUCAACGUGUCGGUGACCUGCCGUGGCGCACUCCCUGCGCGAGGGUCAGACCCCCUCGAAGCUAUCUCGAUACCGUGCAUUCGUGAAGGCAAUUCGCUCACGCUGUGCUCAUCGCCGGGAAUUGGCGACCAGCUCGUCGUGUUUGGCGGUCGCGUGCUUCGCGACACCUCUAUCUUGCUCCCCCGAGCUGUUCGAGAGAACCCAAUGCAGUACGAGCGAGCGCGGUACACGUAUUCAAACAGUGUCUACAGCUUUGACAUUCCGUCAAGCACGUGGACUCGUCGCGAGUGCACCGGACGAGAACCUCGAGAGCGCAGCGAUCACACUGCGUUGUUCAUGGCUCCUCGACAUCUUUUGGUCUUCGGUGGGCGAGGGCGGAAUGGGCAAGUAUUCCGAGACUUCUUCGCUCUCUCGCUGCAGUGGUGGCACUGGACCCAGCUCGACACCUCGACCACACCGUACGAGCGGUAUUGGCACGGGUGGUGCAUCGCUUUCGACACGGAGCAGCCUUGGCAGCAAGAGCCGAGCAUCUUCCUCUUCGGGGGAAAGUCGGACACACUCGUCUACAGCGACUUGCACCAGCUACAGACUACCCGCUUGCAGCGCAUGCUGGCUGACGAGGAAGAGCACGAACGCAAGUACGCCAGGGACGACUACGCGGAGACUACAGUCCAGCGCCAGGAAGAGCGACGAAUGAGUGAUGCUGCGCGACUACUGAUGAAGGACCGUGAGCUGCUGAGACUUCCCAAUUGGUUUGUCCCGCACACAGUGGGGAAGCCUCCGUCAGCUCGCUUCGGCAUGCAAGUGGUUGCUCUGGACAACGAGCAGCUCGCGGUGAUCGGCGGCUGGCGCAUCCCUAAGAGCAAGAUCGACAAGAUCAGGAAGAGCCGCUCGCUGGACGUGCAUAUUCUGGACCUGACGACGCUGGUGUGGUCGACGCCCAAACUCUCGACGCUCGUGUGCGCGCAGCCGUACGUCCCGAGCGAGCGCCUGCUGUUCGAGUGCUUCUACGCGCACCAGACGCUCGCGCUCUUCGGCGGCCACACAUACGCAUCCAACGGCGAGACCGAAUCGUUCACCGCCUGCACGGACGCGUCCACUGUGCUCUACAAGCUGGACGUGAGCCGCAUGAUAUGGCGCCGACAGAAGUUCGGCAGCAGCGACGACGGCGAUGCUGAGGCAGCGGUGCCCCUGCCUCUGGCCCACUCGCACUGCAGCAGCAACGCCGUGCUCAACGGCCGAGCCUUCACGUGCUCGGCGGAGUCCAGCAGCCUGCAGCUGCAAGUCACCGCGCUGGGUAUCCGCGCGCCGCGGCCAGCGUGA